GCGGGGCAGAGCGCGGCGGCGAGGAGGGCGGCGAUCCCCGGCCGGGGCCGCUCGGCCAUGCCCUUCGCCAAGAGGACGGUGGAGCCGCAGAGGCUGUGCCGGGCGGACGAGAGCCGGGGAGCCCCGGCGGAGCCCCGGGAGCCGGGGGCGGCGGGCGAGGAGGCGGCGGCGGCGGUGCUGAUGGUGCUGGACCUGUGCGCCGUCAGCAACGUGGCCCUGUCGCGGAUCCUCCGGCAGCUCUCCGACGUGGCCCGGCACGCCUGCACCCUGUUCCAGGAGGUCGAGGCUGACAUCCAGGGCACCCACCGCCGCGUCCGGGCGCUGCACGGCCGCAUCGCCGGCCUCCAGGGGGCCGUGCGCGGCCUCGACCCCAAGCAGGAGGCAGUGCCUGUCUCCAACCUGGAUGCAGAGAGCAAACUGAGCGUCUAUUACCGGGCACCUUGGCAUCAGCAAAGAAACAUUUUCCUCCCCUCCACCAGACCACCGUGUGUGGAGGAGCUGCACCACCACGCCAAGCAGCACCUGCGAGCCCUGCGCAGAGAACAUCGAAGCCGAGGUGAUAACAGAGAGCAAAAAGCCCCAGGGCCCAUCUCUGUGGUGGCUCCCCCCUUUCCUCCCUUCCCUGCAGUCUGUACUCAGAAGAGGCAAGCGAUAAAGAACCGGCACUUCCUACCAUUUAACAGCACCCGUUCGCCCUCCCCAGUUGAGUGUUGCCACAUGACCCCCUGGAGUAGAAAGUCCCAUCCACCAGAGGACGAAGAUACAGAUGUCAUGUUAGGGCAGAGGCCGAAAAAUCCAAUACAUAAUAUCCCUUCUACACUGGAUAAGCAAACCAAUUGGAGUAAAGCACUACCUCUCCCAACUCCAGAGGAGAAAAUGAAACAAGAUGCCCAAGUGAUUUCUUCUUGCAUUAUCCCCAUCAAUGUCACUGGAGUUGGUUUUGACAGAGAGGCUAGUAUACGCUGCUCUCUUGUUCAUUCACAAUCUGUACUACAGCGGAGACGAAAGUUGAGGAGGAGGAAAACCAUCUCUGGCAUCCCCAGAAGAGUGCAACAAGAAAUAGAUUCGGACGAGUCGCCAGUGGCGAGGGAGCGCAGCGUGAUUGUGCACGCCAACCCGGACUUCUCCAGCGCCGGCAGCCGGCGGUCAGGGACCAGGGACUCAGAGUGCCAGACAGAAGAAAUCCUGAUCGCGGCUCCCUCCCGGCGCCGCAUCCGUGCGCAGAGGGGGCAGAGCGUGGUCGCCUCCCUCUCGCACUCCGCCGGCAACAUUUUGGUGCUGGCGGACAACGGGGAUGCUGUCUUCGCUGCCGCCGUCAGCAACCGCAUCCGUUCGCGGAGCCUCCCUCGCGAGGGUGCGAGAGCCAGCGAGGGUGACCCGGCCGCCACCACCAAGAGUUCAGCGUAUGACGCAGAGCACUUCCUAGCCAGCCAGGAGAGGCUCCCAAAAAAGGGGAAGGAGGUCCUGAGCAAACAGGGUUCACAAGAGCACCAGCCCCUAGGUUUAACUUGCCCUCAGCACCUGCACAGCCCUGAGCACAGCAUUGGCGAGAGAGGGAGGUCGCGACUGUCGAGGAUGGCAGAUUCGGGAAGCUGCGAGAUUUCGUCCAACUCAGACACCUUUGGGAGCCCCAUUCACUCCAUCUCCACAGCAGGAGUCCUGCUCAGCAGCCACAUGGACCAGAAGGAUGACCACCAGUCCUCCAGCGGCAACUGGAGUGGGAGCAGCUCCACAUGUCCCUCUCAGACGUCCGAGACCAUUCCUCCUGCUGCCUCUCCGCCGCUGACGGGCUCCUCACACUGUGACUCCGAGCUGUCCCUCAACACCGCUCCCAAUGCCAACGAAGACUCGAGUGUCUUCAUCACGGAGCAGUUCGGUGACCACGUGGACAAGGUCAGAGGCCACAGGGCGAGCUCCUUCACCUCUACCGUGGCAGAUUUACUUGAUGACCCCAACAACAGCAACACGAGUGACAGCGAGUGGAACUACCUUCACCACCACCACGACGCCUCCUGUCGCCAGGACUUCAGCCCCGAGCGCCCCAAGGCCGACAGCCUGGGAUGCCCGAGCUUCACGAGCAUGGCCACGUACGACAGCUUCCUAGAGAAGACCCCCUCUGACAAGGCAGACACUAGCUCACACUUCUCCGUGGAUACUGAAGGAUACUAUACCUCCAUGCACUUUGACUGUGGUCUCAAGGGUAACAAGAGCUAUAUUUGCAACUAUGCAGCCGCAGGCUCCGAGAGCGGACAGAUGGCGAGCGUGACCUCCAGCCUGGCCGACUGCGCCUGGCAGGAGUGUGUGAACCACAGGAGGCAGGGACGGCAGAGCAUCUCACUGAAGAAACCAAAGGCAAAGCCAGCCCCACCAAAACGCAGCUCGUCUUUGAGGAAAUCUGAGGGCAGCAUGGAUCUUCCCGAGAAGAAAGAACCAAAGAUUAGCAGCGGGCAGCACGUGUCACACACCGCCAGGGAAAUGAAACUGCCGCUUGAGUUUUCCAACACGCCUUCCAUAGCGGAGGGCUCUAGCCUGCCACCCAAAUCCGAGCUGCCCUGGGCGAGCCAGAGCGACGGCGGCCUGAAGGACGCUCAGUUUGACGUGGCCGACAUGCCGUCCUUUAAAGACGAAGGUGCUGAACAACCUCACUAUGCAGACCUCUGGCUCCUGAACGACUUGAAAUCUAGUGAUCCUUACAGGUCUUUAUCUAAUUCGAGCACUGCUACGGGUACCACGGUCAUAGAGUGCAUCAAGUCGCCAGAGAGUUCCGAGUCCCAGACGUCGCAGUCCGGGUCACGGGCCACCACCCCAUCCCUCCCUUCUGUCGACAGCGAGUUUAAGCUGGCCUCGCCGGAGAAGCUGGCGGGACUGGCCUCACCCUCCAGCGGGUACUCGAGCCAGUCGGAAACACCAACCUCCUCCUUCCCGACCGCCUUCUUCUCCGGACCCUUGUCUCCGGGGGGCAGCAAGAGAAAGCCGAAAGUACCCGAGAGGAAGUCGUCGCUGCAACAGCCGCUCUCUAAAGACGGCACCGUGUCUGCAAGCAAAGACCUCGAACUCCCGAUUAUACCUCCAACCCAUCUCGACCUAAGUGCUCUUCACAGUGUCCUGAACAAACCGUUCGCUCACCGGCACCAGCUGCACGCCUUCAACCCCAGCAAGCAGAACACGGUGGGAGAAGCCCUCAGCCCCAGCCCGCCCUCUGCCCUCGCCAUCACGCCCUCCGUCCUCAAGUCCGUGCACCUCAGGGCCGUCAACAGGCCUGAAGAAGCGAAGCAGAAGGGCAGCACUCCCGACCUGCUCUGCGUCCGAGAGACUGCUCUGGUGGCAAACGAUGUUUCGCCGGGCAAAAUGCGGCCGCUCCUAACCAAGAAGCCAGUAUCACGGCAGUACUCCACUGAGGGGGCCAUCAUGUCGUACAUCGACUCUUCCCUGGCAGAAACUGGCCCUGGAAAACUGCCCUUAGAAAAGAGCUCCUCCUUCAGCGGGCAGAGUAAUUGUGAGCAAGAAACUCUAACUUCAGCAAGUGUGGCUCUGGUUGAAAUCAAACCCAUGAAGGACCAAGUGCCACUGGCUGCUGAGCGCUUGCCAGACAGCGCUCUAAAUCAGUCUUGUGCCGUUCCUACGGAAGGGUUUCAGAAAGGCUCGGCCAUGCCCACAGGUGAUUACGAAGCGGAGAAAGCUAACCGGGGAGCAGAAGUAGAUGGCUGCCCCGAGCGAGCGCAGGCUCAGCCAGAGCUCUCCGGUGGCGGUGGGCAGCAGCUGGAGCCUGGUACUGCGGCUGAAAGCCCCGCUCGGGCCCAGGGAGCAGAUGUCAGCGAUCAGCUUAAGCACCAACUCGAUUUAAGCCACCAUGUGCCUGGGAAUAUCAGCUUUGAAUCAGAGACGGCAGCGGUAAACUCGCUUGGUGAAGCGAGUUGCAAGCAGGAGAACGAUAUCGCAUCAGGUAUUCCUACCAAAAGUGCCUCCGAUGCUGGCAGGGCGGACGAGACAGCGGGUGGCACAGAAGAGCCGUCGCUGAAAGAGUCUUCUCCAAGUGACGACUCCAUCGUGUCCCCACUGAGUGAAGACUCUCAGGCUGAAGCUGAGGACGUUUUCAUGUCUCCCAACAAACCUCGCACUACUGAGGACCUGUUUGCAGUCAUUCACAGAUCGAAAAGGAAAGUUCUUGGGAGAAAGGACUCCGGAGACCUGUCUGUCAGGAACAGAUUGAGAGCUUCCUCUGGGACAAGCAGCCAGCCGCCCGCCAGCAGUACGCUGCCCGCCAGCAGCGCACCGCCCACCAGCAGCGCAGGUGCUCCCAUAAGCAGCCAGAGGUCCCCCGGGCUUAUAUACAGGAAUGCCAAGAAGUCCAACACAUCUAACGAGGAGUUUAAACUACUGCUUCUUAAAAAGGGCAGUCGGUCUGAUUCUAGCUACAGGAUGUCCGCCACAGAAAUUCUGAAGAGUCCAAUUCUGCCCAAGUCACCCGGAGAGCUGACAGCGGAUGCUCCCCAAAGCCUGGACGAGUCUCCCCCGGUGGCGAGUCCCGAUGCGCUGUCCCCCUGCUCCCCGAGGGUCAAUGCAGAAGGAUUCUCCUCCAAGAGCCUUCCCAUGUCGGCGUCUUCGCGAGUGGGGCGCUCCCGGGCGCCGCCGGCAGCCAGCAGCAGCCGGUACAGCGUGCGCUGCAGGCUGUACAACACACCCAUGCAGGCCAUCUCGGAGGGAGAGACCGAGAACUCGGACGGCAGCCCCCAUGAUGACCGGUCUUCUCAGAGCUCAACAUAGGCUGCCAGGGACUGCUGACACCACGUGGGUUGUGUAAGGAUGUGAAUAUAAGAGGCCAACGCUGUAGCAGUCAAAGAAAUAAUAAUAAUAAUAAUUGCAGGGCAAUAUCGAUGCUUAAAUGUGUUUGUGUUCGUCAGAUGCUGGGGAAACAGGACUACAGCUGUAGCUAUUUAUUACUCUACAUUUUAUAAAAGUAGAAAGAUAUGCUACGUCUAUUCUGUUUUCUUUUAGCUUCAUUUCAUUUAUCCCACUCUCAUUUCUGUUGUCACUGUAGAUUUCAAGGCUAUACACUUUUCGUAGAGUUCAAAGAGACUUUUUGUGUUGUUUUUUUUUUUUUUUUUUUUUUUUUCCCCAGAAGUUGCCCAUCUAGAAACAAAUCCCUCACUGUAGUGCUUCCCUAGGGAGAAAAAUAAAAAAGCAAAUGCUCUUGAGGAUUGGUAUUUUUCUACACUAAAAUGAGCUGAAACAAAAUUUAGAAGAAAUUAACAAAACAUAUGUAAAUACCAUAUUUUUGAUAGAAAUUUGUAAAUAGAAUUAUCAAAAAGUGGACACGUGGCAAACAAUUUACCGCAUAACAACUUUGUUUAUAGAAGACAAAAGAAGUCAAAUGUAAUAACUGUAUUCUGUGAAUACCAUUUUCAUAUCAAACAUAAAUUCACAUGGCCACCAACAACCACUUUCGGUGCCAUAUAAGCCUCAAAGACGACAUUUAACAGUCGAAAGGAAUUCUCCACCUUAGCUAACAAAACGUAAAGGCUGACUGAGAUCGGAUUAAAGCAACCAUUUGUCUUUCUAACGUAGCUCCCAACAAGCUAACUGAAAAGUGCAGCUGUGAGUUUCACCGUGAUAAUCAGCUGGGAAGGCAGGCGUGCUUCUGACACAACUAAGUCAUUUCUAAUACGAAGCCCCAAAUGGUCCCAUCUGACGGUGUCCCCUGGGCCUUCGUGCUAACAGGGAUUGCUUGGGCGAGAAUAGACGUGAGGAAAUAGUACUUCCUUUCGUAUUCCUAUUAGGCUAUUGGGAUACAUAACACAGUCAUAACCUGGUAACUAUAAUCUUUAAACAUGAUUAGUUUCUGGCUCUUAAGGGAAACAAAUAAAUUAUAAGCAUGCAACAAGCGCUUUCAAUUUUUCAGUAAAUAUCUGCGAUGAGUUUUCAGUGAAGCUUUCUCUUUGUGCUGAUGAGAUUCAUGCUACCUAAAUAUUUACAAAAAUGACACUGUGAAAAUGUAGCUGGGAAAUAGGUAUGUGUAUGCAUUAUUUAUAUUCAUUGCGAAUCCGGGAAGGGGAAAGCUCUGGUUCAUUGUGCCAGCCACAUACAGUUUGGAUUUCGUCUGGGUUCACCAGAAACGUGCAACAGGGUGGGGGACUGGGAUGGGGUGGGAGAGGAGACAAGUCAAAGCAACUGCUUUGAUACAAACAAAGGCAGGGAAAUAAAAGCUGAAUUACUUGAAGUUACUUGAAUUUUCUUGUCUUAAAACUGAAAGGAUGUGUACUUUUAAACUUAACCCACAAGUUGCUUUAUGCUUUUAAUUUUUAAAUGAAAUAAAACCAGUUGUUGGCCUGAUUCUCCUUUGGGCCAUCGUGGUUUCCAAUGAUGUAGCCUGACCAUGCUACUCAGAGAACAAGGCCCUCUUUGUCCAAAAUUUGUGCAGUUGGUGUUGUUUGCUAUAGUAUAUGCUUUGGAGUAGAGGAAUAGAGGAAAGGUUAGUGCAGAGAAAAUAUUACAAGAAGGAAUUUGGUGUGCAGUACGACAGGUUGAGUAGGAUGGCAGAAAGAGCGUACUUAGGUACUAAAGAAAUCAACUCAAAGCUGGCUUUAAGCAUAAGUAAAUAAUAGGGAAGUGGGAUGUGUGAAAUGGGUUUUUCCUUUUUUUGUGUGUGUGUGUGCUUUUAUUCAUGUAAUGCAUAAAGCUGAGAGUUUUAAAAGAGGGCAGAUUGUGUUUUUAAGAGGAAGAUUCAACCUAAAGCGGUUAUGAUUUUAAAGAGUUUGAGCAAGUCAGAAUGGUUUAACAAAUCCUGAAUGUUAUUUCCCAUAAGGUUUGUGUCUCAUUUUGUCUAGCGUUUACCACAAGAAAUAUAUAAUUCAGGGUAUCCUACCGUCCUCCUGUGUAGUCUGGUUGUGUGCAGUAUGCAAGAUGGAAUCACUAUGCAUGCAGUACGUGUGUUGGGAAGAGGCAUGGUAAAUCAGCUAAAGGGCUUCAAAACAGGGAAGUCUAAAGUAGUUUUUAAAAAGGUAGGUGGGGCAAGGUUUGGAAAUUAAAGGCUAGUCACAUUAGUAGCUUAGUUAAUAAAAUAAGUCUAAACACAAGUGAAAUGAAUGAAUGGGAAUGUUUUAAUAGGAAUUGUAUAGCAUAUAACAAAACACUUUCUGGAGAACAUGAGUAAAGGAAGUUUAGGUAUUGGGCAGAAACUCCUUAGUUUGUCAUCUUAAGUCAUUUUCCCUAAAAUUUUACCAGUUCUUUUAUAACGUUUGCCCUUAAAGGUGUUCUAUGUGCUUUAAAGAAUCGUUCAAAACUGUUAAGAGAAUACAAAUGAAUUGACUUUGGUGAUACCACUUUUUAUUACCAGUCAACAAUUUCAUAGGUGCCAUAUAUAAAUAUAUAUACACACUAAAAUGUUUUUUGACUUGAAUUGUGAGGCAAUACUUCACAUACAAGAUGACCAGAGAACAAUCACAUUGAAAUAUAGUCUUAUUUUGUGUAAAAUCUAUGAGAGGCUUUCUUCCUAUUUUCCGUUCAGCGGAUCGAAACACAAACAAAGCCACUGUAAAUCCACUGUGAAGAAGAGAAUUCAUAACAAAUGUGGGAGGCAGAGGAAAGGAAAUGGAGGGAGACCCCUUCGGUGUUGCAGGUGUGCCUCCAAGGCACCGGAGGACAAGCUGUAGAGCAAGGGGAACAUCAGACAUCUUGAAACAGGGUACAGUAUGUGCCUAAUGGCCACCAGUGAAUCAUUGUUUCAACCUGUUGUUCCGUUGUUUGCACUGAUGUUCUGGAGAUGAUUUUGGAAGUUACACAGCUGUGUGUUUUGAAAAGUAACAUUUUUUUCCCCUUUUUUUCUUUCCCUUUUUUUCAUGGCAGCAUAGAGAAGAUGGAAUAGUUGUAGCAAAUAAAGCAUAUAUUUGCUUUUGCCAAAGGUCAGUGAUUGAGUGCAUUUGCUGCAAUGGUGGCAGAUAUAGAGAAAUACUGUAGGUUAUGACUUAAAGAAUU